UCACGCCACUUGUUCCACCCUUGCAACUGAAAAACAUGAAAGUUGGACACAGAACAGGGUGUCAUCCGACUGUACAUGUUCCACCAUGGACGACCGUGGAAGAAUCUGAUGUGCUGGUAAGGCCCUAUCCCAUGCCGGUAAGCGGCAUCGCUUUCUCCGGCGGCGACGGCGAGCUAUCACCGUACACUUUGAGGGAGCUGACUCUGUUCAUGAAACAUCGGUUCCUUCCCUCUAACGAUUCGAAUUCCAACGAGUCAGAUCUCGCUGAUCCUCCUUUAGGAUCUUACUCCUCCGACUUCUUUCGGAUGUACGAGUUCAAGGUGAAGCGGUGCGCAAGGGGAAGAUCUCAUGAUUGGACUGAGUGCCCCUUCGCUCAUCCAGGCGAGAAAGCCCGGCGAAGGGAUCCAAUGAAAUUUCAAUACUCGGGGACUUCGUGCCCUGAUUUCCGCAAAGGAAAUUGCAAGAAGGGAGACGCCUGCGAGUAUGCACACGGGGUGUUUGAGUGUUGGCUUCACCCAACCAAGUAUCGAACUCAGUCAUGCAAGGACGGGACCGCUUGCCGUCGACGUGUUUGCUUCUUCGCGCACACGCCGGAGCAGCUCCGCCUGACGACCAGUCAGCAACCCAGCCCCAAAUCGGACAUGGAUAACAUGGUUUCCUCGAUACAGAAUAUGCAGCUGGGGAAAAGGGUGGAAACGAAGAAAGAGGCGGUUAAGGAUGAUGGGAGGGUCUCGCCGGAUUUUGGAUGGGUUUGGGACCUGGUGAAGUAAGAAAUUAGCAUCGAAGAAUUUUGGUCUCUAUUGAUUGAGAAGAGAUGAAAUUGCUGGUUGUUUGUCUAUUUUUUUCACCGCGGUUGUGGAUGUUAGAGUUUGGGUUCUGUGAAUAUUUAGCUUUGCAGAUAAUUCGAGUGAUGUUUCACUCCUUUGAUAAAGAGGAGAGGAGACGGAGAAAAAAAAUUGUUUCGUUCUACCCUUACUAGUUUUUAUUUUGGUUCAAGAUUUGCUUUUUUUUUAUGUACAUACGAAAUACUUUCCAGGCGUGUAGUGUGUAGUGUGUAGUGUGUAGUGUGUAGUGUGGAGUGUUUAUAUAUUAGCUUUUUUUAAUUAAAAAGUAAAUUUGGGAUAUUACUAAUUGAAAUAAAAUAAGCUAGAUAUUUAUGGGUUGUAUGUAUCA